AUGAACACCGCAACCGUCAGCUUGGCGGUCACGCCAACUGUUGUAUCCACAUUCUUGUCGCAUUACCUGAACCGAAAGACCCUGGCCCACAAGCCCACAGCGCAUCUCUCCUAUGACCAAGGGCUGCACCUGAUCCGCUCCUUUCUUACCCAUGCCUCUCGCCACACCGUCGAGGAACUGCAAGCCUUCACCAGCCAGUGGGUCCCACACCCUCAGUGGGUCAGGGUCGACCAUGUCGAGAUCCCUGAGACGGACCUGUUGCGCGCGGCAGACCUCCUGGCUGAGCAACUCGGGCCGGACGGGAUCCGUCAGGUUGGCGGCAAGGAGUGGUGGCAAUGGCGCAAGCCAAAGAGCCCGCUCAAGGCCGAGUGGGUCGAAAUGAAAGCCGACUACUAUGAACGCAAGAAGAGCCCCGACUCAGGAAAUCGUGUUAUGCUUUACGUCCACGGGGGCGGCUACUACUUUGGGAGUGUCGAUGAACACCGCUAUCAGAUCCAGCGCCAUGCGCGGAAGCUCAAAGCGCGGGCAUUGGCGCCGAGAUACCGACUCGCACCACAAUUCCCCUUUCCGUGCGGCCUCCAGGACUGCCUAGCCACAUAUCUCUUUCUCAUUACCCAACAGAAGCCGAACACUAUCAUUCUAGCCGGUGAUUCAGCUGGAGCUGGUAUGGUUCUGGCCAUGAUGGUCAUACUCAGAGAUAGGGGAAUCCCGCUCCCUGCGGGUGCUGUACUUAUCAGUCCCUGGGCUGAUCUGACGCACUCAUUUCCAAGUGUCGCUGGAGACUGCCCACUGGACUAUAUCCCGUCGUCUGGAUUUCACCACAAGCCGUCGCCGGCGUGGCCACCCCCAGACGAGGAGGAGCUUGAAGUACUCAAGAAAGAAGCCUUGGCGCAGAAGAAGAAGAUGCAAGGCAUGGACGUCAGCUCUACAGACCAAAGCGAAAUACCCACUGUCAAAGAAGUUGCCGAGGCGACGCACCGGCUUAAGUUUCUCAUUGACGGCGAGGACGUUGAGAUCAAGGAGCAAAUCCAGAUGUAUACCACUAACGACUUGCUAUCCCACCCCUUGGUCAGCCCCAUCAUGCAACCCACGCUAGGCGGUCUGCCACCACUCCUGGUCAUGGUCGGGGGUGGCGAGUUGUUGCGCGAUGAGCAAAUCUACCUCGCCCAUAAAUGCGCCAACCCGUCGCAGUAUCUGCCGCCCGAGGCCUUGAUGGAUGAAAAGGCUAGGGCUUUGGUUGACCGAUACAAGCCCACGGAUGUCCAGCUGCAGGUUUGGGACGACAUGUGCCACGUCGGACCAACCCUGAGCUUUACCAGGCCGGCGAAAUACAUGUACCGGAGCGUUGCGCAGUUUUCGGCCUGGGCUUUGGCGCGGGCCCAGAAAAUUGAGGUCGAAAUCCUCAACGACGACACGAUAUCCGUCAUCUCCAGUUCCGGUUCUAGCUCCAGCUCGUCGUCAAGCGGGAGUGAAGACCAGACCCAGCCCAAACCCUCCAACAACCCCCGUAAACCCACCCACCACCACCACGCCACAGUCGGCAAAGCCGGCGACCCGCUACCGCCCUUCCACGAGCACAUGAUCCGCCAGCGCAUCAGCCGGCACGGCGCGAUCCACGCACUACCCGCCGCCACCGAGCUCCCAGGCUGCUGCAUGGCGCGCGAGCUGGUGGGCGUCGUCAAGGUAGGCACGGUACGCAAGUGGCUGGAGCACAAGCGGCGGUGGGACGCGCGCUUCAAGCAGGCCCAUGCCGGCGUGCACAAGAAGCGCCUGCGCGACCUCGCCGCGGGCUACGAGGUCUUUGCCGCGGGUGACGUCCCGCCCCCGAGCGCCCUCGCCGGCCGCAGGCGGCUGAACUACGCCGCUGGGUGGCACGAGGGGAAGGCCGCCAAGGGCAAGAAGGCCGCGCGCAGUCUGGGCUUGUCGUUGUGGGCGCUGUGGGGGUCCAAGCAUGACGAGGCGGCCGUGCAGCGGGAGUUGCUGGCGGUCAAGACGCCCGAGUUGGUGGCCGCGGGGCCGGGCCAGGGGCAGGGUGCCAGGCACUUUUCGGAUUUGGAGAGGCAGGAGCGGGAGGCGAGGUUGGGUGCGCCUGUGCCUUCCAUUGCGGAGACGAGUAAGACCCGCGCUUGGAGGGGGCUGGUUGGGGAGGAGGGCCAGACCGGGGAGAGUGGUGGCGGUGGCGGUGGCAGCGGCAGUGGUGAUGCCGCGUCUGUGCCCGCGGAUCGGGAUGAGGAGGGGCUUGAUUUGCGCCCUGCCGGUCCGGUUGGCGAUGGCGAUGCCGAGGGAGAAGCGGCGUAUCCGCGGACGGCUGGGCUGCUCUCGCCGGACGAUGCUCACGAUACGGGCGUCUCGGGGAAGCGUGUCAUCAUCGGCGGGCUGGCGACGCCGUUUAGCCUGCGCAAGGAGCCGGAGACUGCGAGCAUGAUCACGCUUGCGUCGCCGAUGGAUCGGAGCUCGGUUCGGCUGUCUACGGCGGACUCGAGCAGCUUUAUCGCGGCUCCGUGGGGGAAGGCCUCGGAUGAUCAGGCUGCGGGCUCGGCGGAGCAGGACAGACAUGGGGACGCUGACCUGACGCCGGGGCUGGAGACUCCCUUCAUGACGCCCUUCUUGUCGCCUACCUCGCCUGCCGAGAGGCCUGACUUGGAUAGGUUUGUCACUGCUGAAGAGGUCACGAAGGUUGGUGGUGCUUGA